CGCCGCCACCGCCAGCAGCGCCGCCGCCGCCGCCCGAGACUCGCGCAGAGCAGUUAUGGCGGAUCCCGCAGCGCCCGCGCCCGCAGCUCCGGCUCCCGUCCAGGCCCCGGACGCGCCCCCGACCCCGGACGCGGCUCCCGCCGCGGCGCCCGCCCCGGACUCGGCCUCCGGGCCGUCCUCGGACUCCGGCCCCGAAGCCGGCUCGCAGCGGCUGCUGUUCUCUCACGACCUGGUGUCGGGCCGUUACCGCGGCUCGGUGCACUUCGGGCUGGUGCGCCUCAUCCACGGCGAGGACUCGGACUCGGAGGGCGAGGAGGAGGGCCGCGGGAGCUCGGGCUGCUCCGAGGCGGGGGGCGCGGGCCACGAGGAGGGCCGGGCCAGCCCGCUGCGCCGCGGCUACGUGCGCGUCCAGUGGUACCCGGAGGGCGUCAAGCAGCACGUGAAGGAGACCAAGCUGAAGCUCGAGGACCGCUCCGUGGUGCCCCGGGACGUGGUCCGGCAUAUGCGAUCCACCGACAGUCAGUGCGGCACCGUGAUCGACGUCAGUAUCGACUGUGCAGUCAAGCUGAUUGGCACCAACUGCAUCAUCUACCCUGUCAACAGCAAGGACCUCCAGCACAUCUGGCCUUUCAUGUAUGGGGACUACAUCGCCUAUGACUGCUGGUUGGGGAAGGUCUAUGACUUAAAGAACCAGAUCAUUCUGAAGCUAUCCAACGGUGCCAGGUGCUCCAUGAACACAGAAGAUGGUGCCAAGCUCUACGAUGUCUGCCCCCACGUCAGCGACUCUGGUCUCUUCUUUGAUGACUCCUACGGCUUCUACCCGGGCCAGGUGCUCAUUGGCCCUGCCAAGAUCUUCUCCAGCGUCCAGUGGCUGUCGGGGGUCAAGCCUGUGCUCAGCACCAAGAGCAAAUUCCGAGUGGUGGUGGAAGAGGUGCAGGUUGUAGAGCUGAAAGUCACAUGGAUUACCAAGAGUUUCUGUCCAGGGGGCACGGACAGCGUCAGCCCCCCGCCCUCUGUCAUUACUCAGGAAAACCUAGGCAGGGUGAAGCGUCUCGGAUGCUUUGACCAUGCUCAGCGGCAGCUGGGGGAGCGCUGUCUGUAUGUCUUCCCAGCCAAGGUAGAGCCGGCCAAGAUUGCCUGUGAAUGUCCAGAAAAACACUGCGCCCAGGGGGAGGGCUCUAUGGCCAAGAAGGUGAAGCGCCUGUUGAAGAAGCAGGUCGUGAGGAUCAUGUCCUGCCCCCCGGACGCGCAGUGCCCCAGAGACCAUUCCAUGGAGGACCCAGGAAAGAAAGGAGGGGCCAGAGCCAAGAGCGAAGCAGGGUCCAUCAGCCCCGAGGAGACGCCCGAUGGGUCCGCCAGCCCGGUGGAGGUGCAGGACGACGGCUCGGAGGAGGCGCCGGAUGCCGGUGAGCCGCUGGCCCCCUUCCUGCUGAAGGGGGGCGGGGACGACAGGCUGCACUCGGCAGAGCAGGACGCGGAUGAUGAGGCUGCUGACGACACGGACGACACCAGCUCGGUGACCUCCUCGGCCAGCUCCACCACCUCCUCCCAGAGCGGCAGCGGCACGAGCAGGAAGAAGAGCAUCCCCUUGUCGAUCAAGAACUUAAAGCGAAAACACAAGCGGAAGAAGAAUAAAAUCACUCGUGACUUCAAGCCAGGGGACAGGGUGGCCGUGGAGGUGGUGACCACCAUGACCUCGGCAGACGUCAUGUGGCAGGACGGCUCCGUCGAGUGCAACAUCCGCUCCAACGACCUCUUUCCUGUGCACCACCUGGACAACAACGAGUUCUGCCCCGGAGACUUCGUGGUGGAUAAACGAGUCCAGAGCUGUCCGGACCCCGCCGUCUACGGUGUGGUGCAGUCUGGGGACCACGUGGGCCGUACCUGCAUGGUGAAGUGGUUCAAGCUGCGGCCAAGUGGGGAUGACGUGGAGCUGAUCGGAGAAGAGGAGGACGUGAGCGUCUACGACAUUGCCGACCACCCUGACUUCCGGUUCCGCACCACCGACAUCGUCAUCCGCAUUGGCAAUACCGAGGACGGAGCUCCUCACAAGGAGGAUGAGCCGUCGGUUGGCCAAGUGGCCCGUGUGGACGUCAGCAGCAAGGUGGAGGUGGUGUGGGCCGACAACUCAAAGACUAUCAUCCUGCCCCAGCACUUGUACAACAUCGAGUCUGAGAUCGAGGAGUCAGACUAUGACUCAGUGGAAGGCAGCAGCAGCGGGGCGUCGUCGGAUGAGUGGGAAGACGACAGCGACAGCUGGGAGACUGACAACGGGCUGGUGGAGGACGAGCACCCCAAGAUCGAGGAGCCCCCCAUCCCACCCGCUGAGCAGCCGGCAGCCCCCGAGGAGGACAAGGGGGUGGUGAUCAGCGAAGAGGCUGCUACAGCCGCCAUUCAGGGGGCUGUGGCCAUGGCUGCCCCCGUGGCGGGGCUGAUGGAGAAGGCUGGCAAGGACGGGCCCCCAAAGAGCUUCCGGGAGUUGAAAGAGGCCAUCAAGAUCCUGGAGAGCCUCAAGAACAUGACCGUGGAGCAGCUUCUGACAGGCUCCCCCACCUCCCCCACAGUGGAGCCUGAGAAACCCACUCGGGAGAAGAAGUUUCUAGAUGACAUCAAGAAACUGCAGGAAAAUCUCAAGAAGACGCUGGACAAUGUGGCCAUUGCAGAGGAGGAGAAGAUGGAGGCAAUGCCGGACACAGAGCGCAAGGAGGACAAACCUGAAGGGCAGUCACCUGUGAAGGCCGAGUGGCCCAGCGAGACUCCGGUGCUCUGUCAGCAGUGCGGCGGCAAGCCGGGUGUCACAUUCACCAGUGCUAAGGGCGAGGUCUUCUCAGUGCUGGAGUUCGCGCCCUCAAAUCACUCUUUUAAGAAAAUUGAGUUCCAGCCUCCAGAAGCCAAGAAGUUCUUCAGCACGGUACGGAAGGAGAUGGCCCUGCUGGCUACCUCGCUGCCUGACGGCAUCAUGGUCAAGACCUUUGAGGAUAGAAUGGACCUCUUCUCGGCCCUAAUUAAGGGCCCCACUCGCACCCCCUACGAGGAUGGCCUCUACUUGUUCGACAUCCAGCUCCCCAACAUCUACCCAGCCGUGCCCCCCCACUUCUGCUACCUCUCCCAGUGCAGUGGCCGCCUGAACCCCAACCUGUAUGACAACGGGAAGGUGUGCGUCAGCCUCCUGGGCACCUGGAUCGGAAAGGGGACAGAGAGGUGGACGAGCAAGUCCAGCCUUCUCCAGGUGCUCAUCUCCAUCCAAGGUCUGAUCCUGGUGAAUGAACCGUACUACAAUGAAGCGGGCUUCGACAGUGACCGGGGCCUGCAGGAGGGGUACGAGAACAGUCGUUGCUACAACGAAAUGGCGCUCAUCCGCGUGGUGCAGUCCAUGACCCAGCUGGUGCGGCGGCCCCCGGAGGUGUUCGAGCAGGAGAUCCGGCAGCACUUCCGCGCUGGCGGCUGGAGGCUGGUGAGCCGCAUCGAGUCCUGGCUGGAGACCCACGCCCUGCUGGAGAGCGCCCAGGCGCUGCCCAACGGCAUCCCCAAGGACAGCCGCUCCCCGGAGCCGCCGGCCGUGGCCGAGCUCUCCGACUAUGGCCGAGAAGAACCUGAGGACGGAGGGCUGGGCCCCGGAGAGGCCUCCCAGGGCUCAGACUCGGAGGGCGGCGCCCAGGGCCUGGCCUCAGCUAGCAGGGACCGCACAGACCAGACUUCGGAGGCAGCUCCUGACGCCCCGGUGCCACCCAGCGUCAAACCAAAGAAGCGGAGGAAGAGCUACCGGAGCUUCUUGCCCGAGAAGAGCGGCUACCCCGACAUCGGCUUCCCGCUAUUCCCGCUUUCCAAGGGUUUCAUCAAGAGCAUCCGGGGUGUCCUGACGCAGUUCCGGGCCGCUCUGCUGGAGGCGGGCAUGCCUGAGAGCACAGAGGACAAGUAGCCGCCCGCCUCGAGCAAGGAACGUCUCGUGGGGAGAGGUCAGCUGCUGCCGCUCACUCCCUCCCCUGGAAUCGCCCGUCUUCCCAACUUUUCCUUUGUCCCCAGUGCAGAAGCCCCUCGUUGCCCUCUCCCCAAGGUGAGUUUGAUGCUGAAGUGCAAGAAGUUUCUUGAGAUGCUGCCGUUUCUUUCCCGAAGCAAUCUUUCAACAGGCCGGCCCCCAGUGGCAAAGAGGAUCUGAAACCUGUUGCUGAUUUUCCACUCGCCACCCAGGCAGAGGGUCCCGGCACUAGCUCCCUUGCCGUCCCCUUCUCAGGUCUGAGGUGGGGUCUUCCUAGGGCCUGACACAAGGGCUCCGUGGGGGUCCACGUGUCGGGCAGCGCAGCAGCAGGACGAGUGGCUGUGCCUUGCAUGAAGUGUGGGUUGCGCCAGAAG